UCCAACUAUAGUUGUGGAUUUGUCUAUUUAUCCUUUAGCUCUAUCAGUAUUUUUCUUUAUAUAUUUUGAGGCUCUGUUGUUUGGUGCAUACACAUUUAGGAUUAUUAGGUUUUUUUCUGAUAGAUUGAAAUUUUUUUCUUUAUGUAAGGUCUUUGUUUGUCUCCAGUAACUUUUUUUCCUUCUGAAGUUUCCUUCAUCUGGUAUUAAUAUAGUCACAUUUGCUUUCUUUUGAUUAGUGUUUGCAUGACUAAUGUUCUCCAUCAACAUUAGGAGAGGGAGAGGAGGGAGGAAGUGGAACACCAGCUAGCCCCACCUCUAACACUUCACUUCACCCCAUGGAUGCCAGGCAGGGGCAGAGUGCAGUUCAGCUCCCCACUGGACCCUGCUGCAGCCAGGGAAGGGAGACAGAUUAAAAUCAGCCAAGAGAAGAGUUGCAGAGGGCAGAGUCCAGGAGGGCUCCAAAUGCACUUCUGCUUUCCUGGCAGCGGUUCCUCCAAGGCAAUGUCCUUUCUCUCCAGGAAGCUGCAGUGAGCCGACCCUCUAGGGCCCCAGCAGGGCCAGCAGGGCAGCAUGGCCAAGCCCCGGCUCUUCCGGGUGUGGCUGGCUCUGGGGUCGGUCCUCAUGAUCCUGCUCAUCAUCGUGUACUGGGACAAUGUGGGAACCGCCCACUUCUACUUGCACACGUCCUUCUCCAGGCCACACCCUCUGGGGUCCCUCCCCACCCCCAGGCAGGGGGAGGAGCUGGAGGUGGCUGCGGACGCGGAAGUGGAUGAGUUUAUGGACAAGCUGCUUAGCUCCGGUGUGAAGCAGAGCGACCUUUCCAGAAGGAAGACAGAGGAGCAGCCUCCUGUGCCAGCCUCCAGCCGGCCUGCGCUGAGCCGUCAGGAGGAGAGCGUGAGGGGCUAUGACUGGUCCCCCCACGACUCCGGGCAGAGCCCUGACCAAGGCCAGCAGCAGGCCGAGCGCAGGCGCGUUCUGCGGGCCUCCUGCGCCAACGCCAGCCUGGCCUUUCCUACCAAGGAGCGCUCUUUCGACGACAUCCCCAACUACGAGCUGAACCACCUCAUUGUGGACGACCGCCACGGUGUCAUCUACUGCUAUGUGCCCAAGGUGGCCUGCACCAACUGGAAGCGUGUGAUGAUCGUGCUGAGCGAGAGCCUGCUGGACCAGGGCGCGCCCUACCGCGACCCCCUGGACAUCCCGCGGGAGCACGUGCACAACUCCAGCACCCACCUGACCUUCAACAAGUUCUGGCGCCGCUACGGCAAGUUCUCCCGCCACCUCAUGAAGAUCAAGCUGAAGAAGUAUACCAAGUUCCUCUUCGUGCGCGACCCCUUCGUGCGCCUCAUCUCUGCCUUCCGCAGCAAGUUCGAGCUGGAGAACGAAGAAUUCUACCGCAAGUUCGCUGUGCCCAUGCUGCGGCUAUACGCCAACCACACCAGCCUGCCGGCCUCGGUCAGCGAGGCCUUCAGCGCCGGCCUCAGGGUUUCCUUCGCCAACUUCAUCCAGUACCUGCUGGACCCGCACACCGAGCGGCUGGCGCCCUUCAAUGAGCACUGGCGGCAGGUGUACCGCCUCUGCCACCCGUGCCAGAUUGACUAUGAUUUCGUGGGCAAGCUGGAGACGCUGGACGAGGACGCCUCCCAGCUCCUGCGGCUCCUCCGGGUUGACAGGCGCCUGCACUUCCCACCCAGCUACCGGAACAGAACUGCCAGUAGCUGGGAGGAGGACUGGUUUUCCAAGAUCCCUCUGGCCUGGCGACAGCAGCUGUACAAACUCUACGAGGCUGACUUUGUUCUCUUUGGCUACCCCAAGCCUGAGAAUCUCCUCCGAGACUGAGCCUGCGACUUCACGCGUCCCUCUGGGUUUGGCCUGCAAAGGUCGCGGUGUGCCUGUCCAGAAGCAGCUGGAAAACCCAGAGUCAACCCCACACACACUCCAGUUUUUUACAUGACCUACGAUUUUACGAUCUGGACAUCUUGUUUACUCCACUGCCUCUAUUCACUGAGUACUGUGUUGAUAUUUUUUUUAAGAUUAAUAUAUUUCAGAUAUUUAAUAUGAAAACGUGGGAGGAACCUCUGGAGUAAAGUGUCCCUGCUGCCCUGUGUGCUCUCUCAUGGUCAUUCUGGUUCAGCGACACCUGCUGUGGGGAGGGUCUGGCCUUAAGGGUCCCUAGUUGUCAUCCAAGGAAGAGAGGAGCCUGUGUUUUUACAAGGGUAACAGAUAAAUCCUUCAGAAGUGAAAGUUCUUUUAUUAAGGGAUGUAUUAGAAAAGGUAAAGUUGUCAAAUUUUCAGGGCUUUCUAUGUGAGAUCAAGUCCGAGGUAAGCUGGACUAUGCAGUUGGGGCUACAGAAGCAGGGUUUCCAGCCCAGCCGUUCUUGUCAGUGUCUCAUUUGAGUUGCGGCCAUUAAAAUCUGUGGUUAGCAGGA